CUUUGCCUUUAGGCUAACACCAAAUAUAAUAAUGUGAUGAUGACUCAAUUAUUGUUAUUGCUUCAGUGGCUUAUCCACGCUAAUGGGAACUAGCCUCCAGCUCUCAGAACAUCCUGAGAUUGCAGAAACACAUCGGGAAGUCAUGUUCUGGUGCUUUCCCUUUUGCUUUCACCGAGCCAGGCUGGCAUUCAGCUCCUGCCAUGAAGCUUCUGAACGUGGCUGGAUUCUUCGCUCUGGUGCCCACUUUGGUGUCAGCUCUGGAGCCCAUCACUACCUCACUUGCUUUCUGCGGGGCAGCUGUCAUGUGGCAGCUCUUCUCCCCCGCCUCCUGGCUUAAGUGCCGCUUCCUGGAGUGCUGCAAUAUGAAGGACACCUUGGACAUCCCAGCUCUGCAGAUGGCUUUGGAACAGAAAGUCUUUGGUCAGCACCUCGCCACCCAGGUGGUUCUGAAAGCACUGAGCACGCACUCCAGACACAAACAGCCCAGGAAGCCCCUGGUGAUGUCCUUCCAUGGCUGGACCGGCACUGGCAAGACCUUUGUCAGCAAGAUCAUUGCACAGAACCUGUACCAGCGUCAAGAAGCAAGGAGGAGGUUCGUCCAUCAGUAUGACGCAGUCUUGCAUUUCCCACACGCUGAACAUAUAAAGCAGUAUAAGGAGCAGCUGCAAAAUUGGAUUCGAGGGAAUGUCAGCGUCUGUCCGAGGUCGCUUUUCAUUUUCUCUGAAAUGGACCAGAUGCCGCAUGGUCUGAUCGACUCCAUCAUGCCGUACCUCAGUCAUCGCGAGGCUAUCAAUGGCGUCUACUACGGCAAGGCCAUCUUCCUCUUCCUGAAUAAUGCAGGAGGGGAUAAGAUAACAGAGGUGGCGCUCGAUCACUGGAGGAGGCAGAAGGGAAGAGAAGAAAUUCCCCUGACGGACCUGCAGUCUAUACUAUCUGCCGAGAUUUUCAAUAACAGGAACAGUGGUUUUUGGAAUAGCAAGCUGAUCCAGAAGAACCUGGUGGAUUAUUUCAUCCCUUUCUUGCCCCUGGAAUAUAAACAUGUGAAAGAGUGCAUCCAAGAGGAGUUGCGCUACCAAGGCCACCAAGAAGAUGAAGACCUCAUCAUAAAGAUUGCCUUAGCAAUGUCCGACUAUCCCACAGAAGAUAGAAUCUACUCUAGCAAAGGUUGCAAAACUGUGGCUUCAAAGGUGAACCUGGCUACAUAGAAAGGCCAAGUGCUCAAGGACAAGGAGGAAAAGAAAACAAGUCUCUUUCUCCUUC